AGGUAGUCAUCAAGCUUUGGUGUGUGUGUGGGGGCCAGUUCUGAAGUUUGAAGAAGCUCUGCACUGAGGAAGAUCAAAGCAGCAGCCUUUGCCAGUUAGGGAAUGGACCGUUUGGGUUCCUUUAGCAAUGAUCCCUCUGAUAAGCCACCUUGCAGAGGCUGCUCCUCCUACCUCAUGGAGCCUUAUAUCAAGUGUGCUGAAUGUGGGCCACCUCCUUUUUUCCUCUGCUUGCAGUGUUUCACCCGAGGAUUUGAGUACAAGAAACAUCAAAGUGAUCAUACUUACGAAAUAAUGACCUCAGAUUUUCCUGUUCUUGACCCCAGCUGGACUGCUCAGGAAGAAAUGGCCCUUUUGGAAGCUGUGAUGGACUGUGGCUUUGGUAAUUGGCAGGAUGUAGCCAAUCAAAUGUGCACCAAGACCAAGGAGGAGUGUGAGAAGCACUAUAUGAAGCAUUUUAUCAAUAACCCUCUGUUUGCAUCUACCCUGCUGAACCUGAAACAAGCAGAGGAGGCAAAAACUGCCGACACGGCCAUUCCAUUUCACUCUACUGAUGACCCUCCUCGACCUACCUUUGACUCCUUGCUUUCUCGGGACAUGGCUGGGUAUAUGCCAGCUCGAGCAGAUUUCAUUGAGGAAUUUGACAAUUAUGCAGAAUGGGACUUGAGAGACAUUGAUUUUGUUGAAGAUGAUUCAGACAUUUUACAUGCUCUGAAGAUGGCUGUAGUAGAUAUCUAUCAUUCUAGGUUAAAGGAGAGACAAAGACGAAAAAAAAUUAUAAGAAACCAUGGAUUAAUCAACCUUAGAAAGUUUCAAUUAAUGGAACGGCGGUAUCCCAAAGAGGUCCAAGACCUUUAUGAAACAAUGAGGCGAUUUGCAAGGAUUGUGGGGCCAGUAGAACAUGACAAGUUCAUUGAAAGCCAUGCAUUGGAAUUUGAACUCCGAAGGGAAAUCAAGAGGCUCCAGGAAUAUAGGACAGCAGGCAUCACCAAUUUCUGCAGUGCCAGAACCUAUGAUCACCUCAAGAAGACACGAGAGGAAGAGCGCCUGAAACGCACCAUGCUUUCUGAAGUUCUCCAGUACAUCCAGGACAGUAGUGCUUGCCAGCAGUGGCUCCGCCGGCAAGCCGACAUUGAUUCUGGCCUGAGUCCUUCCAUUCCAAUGGCUUCAAAUUCAGGUAGACGAAGUGCACCACCCUUGAACCUCACUGGCCUCCCUGGCACAGAGAAGCUGAAUGAAAAAGAAAAGGAGCUCUGUCAGAUGGUGAGGUUGGUCCCUGGAGCCUAUUUAGAAUACAAAUCUGCUCUAUUGAACGAAUGUAACAAGCAAGGAGGCUUGAGAUUGGCACAGGCAAGAGCACUCAUCAAGAUAGAUGUGAACAAAACCCGGAAAAUCUAUGAUUUCCUCAUCCGAGAAGGCUACAUCACUAAAGCCUGAGGCACUAAGGGAUUGGGAAUCACAAGUCAGAAGUUUGGAAUGUGGUGGGCCAAAGGACAGUGUGGGCAUUCUGGAGAGUUUUGCUUGUGACCUCAAUGCUAAUUGUAAAAAGAUGGAAGGACAAAGGAAACCUUAAGUUGUACCAAUGUCUGCUUUCUUCUCCACCCUGCUUUAAAACACUCCUGUUGUUGGUAUUGUGCUGCAGAGUUGUGUGCUAGAUAAGCUAUUAUUAAAUGUGAGUGGGCAUUCAUUCCUAACACCUCUUGUAACUAAAAGAACCAUAGUAGCUCACAUCAUGGUAAUGGUAGAAAUAGAACUAAACCACAGGCUUUAGUCCCAGGAGCCCAGCUCAGAUCCUUGUACUGAGAGGUAAGUUUGCUGGUUAUCUGUUUUGGCUUCAAAUGUUGCAGACAGAUUUAAAAUAAAGAUAAAAGUUUUAGAUAUGAGAAAGCUUUCUCUUUCCCUCUGAAGAUUUUUUAAGCUGACAACUUAUGUAUAUGAGCAAAGGGAAAGAAAAUAUCCCCAUUAUGGUCUUGUCCCAAACUACAUCUUUAAUUUUAAUGUCUAGCUUUCUACUUUGCCGUCUGGCUGUCUAAUCUGCAGUAGACUUCUGAAGAGGUGGCACUAGAUAUAAAAUGUCUCUGUUAUUUUUAGAAUUAAUGAAUUAAAAUGUUUUGCAUUUAA